AACUUACGAUCCGUUUCUUCUUCAUUCUUCCAUCAGUUUUCCAACUUAUUACGCGAGUUUCGUGAUCCUUGUAUCGACCCGUUUGAGAUUUUGCUACUUCCCGUCUCAUACUGCUGCAGCGUCAUGUUUGAACAUUUUCUCAGUGAUAAGGCUAUUGUACAUGGAAGAUGUCCAAGCUUAUUUGUGUAGCAUAGAGGAAAAGGAUGUCUCCAUUCAUUCCCCCAACUGCCAAUUUCACAAGUUAUCCACUGCUUGUCCAAAUCCCCGGUGACCCUUCUUUGCUCUUAUUCUGGGGAGGGAUUGAAACGUCCCUGGGAGGAAGUAGUUGAGGUGGGAGCUACCAAGGAGGUACAAAUUAUGUCUCAUAAUACCCAUCGAAUGGAAAGAAGCUAUUCAAUCCGGAGCCUUUCAAGCAGAGGAGGUUCUGAAAUCAUCAAUGUGAAUAAUCGACACAUCAUAUUCAUAUCGGAAGAAUUGGGAUGGGAUAAGAUGACUAGCAGUUAUAUGGUGGAAUCAGGAUUCUUUGUGUCAUCUUUCGCUGCCACUAUGUUCAUAGGUGCACUGGUAACAGUUGGGACCUUGUUAAUCAGCUUGCUGACUGUGUUAGCAGUGAUGUUGCAAUCUUGCGAAAGUAAAAAUUCAGGGGUUGUUCAAAGUCAGAAGUUAAUUGAUUAUCAUAGAAUUUGCAGCAUACCUGCUCAGCAUGCAGAGCUCAAUGGCUUGAAAGCACAUGACUGUCCUCCUUUUUGCGGGGAUCUUACAAAGCAAUACAUCAAAGGGGGUCUCUAUGCUAGAGAAUUAAAUGUCACAAAUGAAGUGAUUCAGAGUUAUCUCGGUGCUGUUACAGCAGUAGAUGGUGGUCUAAAUGUUGUUUUGAUGGAUGCAGAUGACAUUUUGUCUCUGCAUCCACUUAACGUUGAUCUCUUCACAAAUAGGUUUGACGAUUUUGAUAGUGAGAGUUUUGAAGAGGCAAAUCAUUUAAAGCAAAGUUAUCUCCUUCAGUUGUACACGGAGUUGCAAGCAGGUGGGUGGACUUUGGUUUUCUUGUCUAGAAAAUCCCAAAGAGAACAGAAUGUUGCCAGGGAGAUCAUAUAUUCUGCAGGAUUCAGAAGUUGGUAUUCUUUGAUUAUGAGAUCCGACGACGAACUGCAAAUUGAUAGCAGAACAUACUUUUCCAGGCGAAGGGAAGCAUUGGAAGAGGAUGGUUUCCGAAUUGCAGGCGUAAUUAGUAGCCACAUGGAUGCUUUAACAGGUCCAUUCUCAGGAAAGUUAAUAUUCAAGAUUCCAAACCCAAUUUGUUACAAAUAUUCGUCGGCGCAUUGACAUCCAAAAGAAGCAGAAUUGGUUUUGCUCCAUGGUGGAUGAUUGUUUCAAGUCGGUGUUGCUUCGAGCUUCAAUCCACUCAACUUAACCAUGCCUAAACAGCGAUUGUCAGAGUUAAUAUAUGGAAGAUGAGUGCUGAUGUUGAAGUCAUCCAAUUUAGUCUUCGCAGCAUAUGAGGAGAGCGAAGCACCUAUCUUCUUCAAUUAUUCAUUUCUAUCUCUGGGUAGAAUCCACUACUAUUUGCGUCCCUUCUUUGGCAAUUCAAAGGGAAGGAAGGCAAAUGAUGUUGUUCAUGAUGAUUUCUUUUACACCGGUUGCAGAAGGUUUUAUGUCAGGGAAUUUGUACAUGAAUUUAAAACGUGUAUUACCAAACAUAUAACUUACGGCACUUCAUAGCACAACUAUAGCACAGCACAACUACAGUUCAGCCAUUGUUAUACUAAAAGGGUUGUAUGCUUGCUUUCGAAACUAGUGGAAGAAGUAGAAGCUCUACCUUCA